UGGAGGAAAAAUUUACAAGCAGGCCACGAUUGAAUCUCUGAAGGUCGCUAAAGGUUGAGAAGCAAAGCAGUAGGCAUCAGAUGAUAAUCCCAGAGGAGCUCCCAUCUAGACCAUCCGUGCAGAACUCACGGAGGCAAUACAUGAAGACGGUUUUGGAAUCCUGAUGUCAUCACCCAACAUAGGUUAUAAAGAAGGCUGAAAUUAAAUUUGGAUGAAAUGAGAGUGCUGUGGUAUUUCCACGUGGACAACUUGACUUCAGUUCCUGGAGUUGGUGGACAGAGAUCAGACCUGUGCUCGGGAAAGCCUAGGGCCGAAGAGUAGCUGACUGAUGCCAGAGGGUGACGUGACUGUGACAAAGAUGUGGGGCCACUGUGGGAGAGAAUGCUGGCUGGCCUGGAGCUGAAUGAAAAGAGUUGUGGUUGUAGAAGACAUAAAAAGAUGGAAAACUGUGCUGGAACUUCCCGUUCAAACCAAAGAGAAUCUAGUUGAAGCCUUACAAGAAUUAAAGAAGAAAAUACCCUCCAGGGAAGUGCUAAAAUCCACAAGGAUAGGUCACACAGUGAACAAGAUGCGUAAACACCCAGAUUCAGAAGUGGCCUGUCUUGCCAAAGAAGUUUACACAGAAUGGAAAACUUUCAUUGAGAAACAUGUGGAUAGGCCAUCUAUUGAAGUCCGAAGUGAUCCCAAAACAGAGUCACUUAGGAAAAACGCCCGGAAAUUACUCUCAGAAGCCUUGGAAUUAGAGAUGGAUCACCUACUGGUUGAAAAUAUUGAGCGGGAAACGUUUCAUCUCUGCUCCCGCCUCAUUAAUGGGCCAUACCGGCGGACGGUGAGAGCCCUGGUCUUCACAUUAAAGCACCGAGCUGAAAUCCGGGCUCAGGUGAAGAACGGCUCGCUGCCAGUCGGCACGUUUGUACAGACCCACAAAAAGUGACCUGAGGAUGAUUCUAACCCUGGGACGGACAGAGAAGCAAACGGGUUUCUCUGCCGUUCAAAGACGCUUUUGAGUUUGGGUGAUGGCUGGCGCUGGCUGUGCUGGAUUUUCCCUUGGUGCCGUUGCUUUGCAGACAGAGGAUGCAGAGAGCCCUGGGAGACGACGGCCUGCAGAACACGCUUCAUUAGCUGUAGAGCGCUGGUGCUGCCUAACAGGACGCACGCUGGCUGUCACUGGGAAGCGCCAUACGCUUGCCAUCACCCAUCACGGGGAAAGGGUGAUGGAUUUCACUGUGCGAAUGCCAAGGACACCUCUAAACUUCCCCCAUGUCACGCAGACGAAGUUACUACUUUAUUUCACCACCCUGCAGGUAACUGAAACUCAAUUACGGCUGCUGCUCACUCGGUUCCAUCCCCCUGAGUUUAGAUAGCUCUGGUGCCUCUCAGAACUCCCCUGUCUGUUCUCUUUGCUCUACCCCAGGGGUGAGCCUGCCAGAGCCAGCCGACUACCCCUUCUUCCCAGAGCUCACUUAUCUGAACGUUUCAGCUCUCCCUGGAAGACCUUCUGUGUGGUCUCCAGAGCCCCCAUGCUGAGGCUUCUAAUGAGGAACUGGCCUGAAGCCUCCCACACCUCCAGGUUUAUUUGAAUAUGUUGGCUCUCUCACGUUAGGGCUCUGUAGAAGAUACAUAAUGAAAUUUCUCUUGAAAUGAAUUACCACAGUAGAAAAAAAAUACAUACAUAUAUUUUAAAGUGAAAUAUCUCUAUACAGGCCGGCUUGAACAAUUAUGUAAAUGAUAUUUGCUUUUUUAAAGUAAUAAUAAACUGGGACCUUUUUUCUAAAACAAAAGGGGGGAUUUGUUCAUUGCAAAGAGUUUCGGGUUGAGAAAGGGUGCAGUUGGUGAAAUUGAAGAGUGAUGGAAACAGAAUUCGAGGGAGGUAGCAAGACCCAAGGAAGGAUUUUUAGAUGAGGGGAGACUGGGACAUGUUUGUAAUCCGAAAGGAAGGCGCUAAUAGAAAAGGAGAGAUUUAAAAUCCA